GAAAUGUUUUUAUUUACAGAUGUUAAUAUGGAUAUUGUAGGAGAUGAAAAUGGCUCAAAGACCGAAAUUCUCCAUGGUUACUCCGGUACUGCCGGAGAACUGGCUCAGCUGGUUCAAGAGCAAAUCCAAGGUUCCAAGGACAGCAUGCAACCCAUAGAUCAACCCCCUGUUCAAGAUUAUAACAAUCUUAGAACAGUUUUAUCAACAUCUAAAAUCACAGCCAGUCCUCCUGUAACCAAUCCAAUUAUCGGAGAAAAUCCUUCCAGUUUUGAAACAAUGUCUAAGCUCUAUCCAUUUCUACUUGAACACAAAGAUGAAUACCUUAAAGGAUUAGGAUUUUCUUUCUGUAAUAUUUGCCAAGGAAAAGUUAGUUGGGGUAGUAUAGACACAAUAAUAGAGCAUUUAGAAACUUCCAAGCAUUCCAAGAUACAGAUGAAAAUAGAGAAUAGGAUAAAGGAGUUUCCCUGGUUAGAACUAGUACAAGGAGUUCCUAAAUGUGCCCCCUGUCGACAGGAAACUCCUUGGAAAAGUCUCCUGAAACUAAAGGAGCAUGAAGAAACCUCUGAACAUCAUGCGAGAUCUCUGUUUUACGAGAACAAUUGUAAAGACGAGGUUAAAAUGGAAUCACAAGAAUCUUCAAAUGCCGUGGACGAAAUUAAAAUACAAAAAUCCGACAUUGGACAGUAUAUAGUCGAAGAAUUAAAACAUCUACGUGCCAGCUCUGAGCGCGAACUUUCAAUAGUGUGCGCGGAUAAAAUAAUCCACGCACACAUUGAACCAUUUCUGCUCUCAACACUGCUCUUCACUUCUCUGGACGAUGUGAAUGUUCAAACUUCUUUACUCUGUCCUGGAUUUAGUUCAGUUGAUGUUGAACUUGCGCUAGAUGUGAUGUACUACGGGAAGGCGUAUCCUACCUCUGCCGAACAAAAAGAGCGAGUUCUCCGUUGUCUCUCUGAUCUCAGUUUUAUUGGUUCCCUCGGGACGGAUGGAACUUUCUCCAGGGGGGAAUUCAACUACGAGAAGUCCAUGGAUUGGUCAACCACAAGGAUAGAAAAGGUUGGAAAGGAGGAUUCAGAAAAGUCAUUAAUGAGUCGACCUUCAGAUCUCACGAUUGCACUUCGCCUUCGACAAUUUCCAGAUCUUCUUCGGGUAAGCAGUGAAUCUAUUCUAUUAUGAAUUCUUAUGUUAAAG